CUGAGUUUAGAUUUAAAGCAAAUAUGCUUUGUCUUCGAAUUUUAUGUUUGCUUUGCAUUACUGCAUUAGCAUUUGGUUUUAAGAAACAGAGUAGUACUUCUGGUUUUAAGGAAGAAAGGGAUUCGUCUGUUUUUAAGGAACAGAGAGAUUCGUCUGGAUUUAAGGAACAAAGAGAUUCGUCUGGGUUUAUGGAACCAAAGAAUUCUCCUCGUUUUAAAGAACAGAGGAAUACAAUUGGCUUCAAGGAACAAAGAGAUUCGUCUGGUUUUAAAGAACAAAGAGAUUCUCUCAAUUUUAAGGAACAAAGAGAUUCUCCCAGUUUCAAGGAACAAAGAGAUUUGUCUCGUUUCAAAGAACAAAGAGCUUCGUUUGGUUUUAAGGAACAAAGGGAUUCGUCUGGUUUUAAGGAACAAAGGGAUUCGCCUGGUUUUAAGGAACAAAAGGAUUCGCCUGGUUUUAAGGAACAAAGGGAUUCGCCUGGUUUUAAGAAACAACGGGAUUCGCCUGGUUUUAAGAAACAAAGGGAUUCGCCUGAUUUUAAGGAAGAAAUAGAUUCGUUUGGUUUUAAGGAACAAAGGGAUUCGUCCGGUUUUAAGGAACAAAGGGAUUCUCCUCGUUUUAAGGAAGAAAGAGAUUCGUUUGGUUUUAAGGAACAAAGGGAUUCGUCCGGUUUUAAGGAACAAAGGGAUUCUCCCCGUUUUAAGGAAGAAAGAGAUUCGUUUGGUUUUAAGGAACAAAGGGAUUCUCCUCGUUUUAAGGAAAGAAGAGAUUCGUCUGGUUUUAAGGAACAGAGGGAUUCUCCCCGUUUUAAAGAAGAAAGGGGUUCGUCUAAUUUUAAGGAACGAAGGGAUUCUCCUCAUUUUAAGGAAGAAAGAAAUUUGUUUGGUUUUAAGGAAGAAAGGGAUUCGUCUGGUUUUAUGGAACAAAGAGGUUCAUCUAGUUUUAAGGAACUGAAGCGUUCUCCUCGUUUUAAGGAACAGAGAGAUUCAAUUGGUUUCAAGGAACAGAGGGAUUCAUCUGGUUUUGAGGAACAAAGGGAUUCUCCUCGUUUUAAGGAAGAAAGAGAUUCGUUUAGUUUUAAGGAACAAAGGGAUUCUCCUCGUUUUAAGGAAGAAAGAGAUUCGUUUGGUUUUAAGGAACAAAGGGAUUCUCCUCGUUUUAAGGAAGAAAGAGAUUCGUCUGGUUUUAAGGAACAGAGGGAUUCUCCCCGUUUUAAAGAAGAAAGGGGUUCGUCUGGUUUUAAGGAACAGAGGGAUUCUCCCCGUUUUAAAGAAGAAAGAGAUUCGUUUGGUUUUAAGGAACAAAGGGAUUCUCCUCGUUUUAAGGAAGAAAGAGAUUCGUCUGGUUUUAAGGAACAGAGGGAUUCUCCCCGUUUUAAAGAAGAAAGGGGUUCGUCUAAUUUUAAGGAACAAAGGGAUUCUCCUCGUUUUAAGGAAGAAAGAAAUUCGUUUGGUUUUAAGAAAGAAAGGAAUUCGUCUGGUUUUAAGGAACAAAGAGGUUCAUCUAGUUUUAAGGAACUAAAGCGUUCUCCUCGUUUUAAGGAACAGAGAGAUUCAAUUGGUUUCAAGGAACAGAGGGAUUCGUCUGGUUCUAAGGAACUGAGAGAGUCUCCCCAUUUUAAAGAAGAAAGAGAUUCGUCUGGUUUUAAGGAACAAAGAGGCUUUUUAUAUCCAUUAGAAUUUAAGGAACAAAGAGAUUCUUCUCGUUUUAAGGAACAAAGGGAUUCUCCUUAUUUUCAAGAACAAAGAGAUUCGUCUGGUUUUAAGGAAGAAAGGGAUUUGUCCGGUUUUAAGGAAGAAAGAGAUUCAUUUGGUUUUAAGAAACAAAGGGAUUCAUCUGGUUUUAAGGAACAAAGGGAUUCUCCCCGUUUUAAAGAAGAAAGGGAUUCGUCUAAUUUUAAGGAACAAAGGGAUUCCCCCCGUUUUAAGGAAGAAAGAGAUUCGUCUCGCUUUAAGGAAGAAAGGGAUUCGCUUCGUUUUAAGGAAGAAAGGAAUUCGUAUGAUUUCAAGGAACAAAGAGAUAUUUUUGGUUUAAAGGAACAAAGGGAUGCGUCGAAUUUUAAAGAACAAAGGGAUUCGUCUGGUUUUAAGGAACAAAGGGAUUCAAUUCCUACCAACAAACUUCAAGAACAUAGUGACGUUGAUGAGAUCACAGACCUUAUCUCUACCCUUACGCUCAAUGUACCUAAUGGAGGAAAGGCGGGUGAAUGGGGCGCAGCACAAUUUUGCGAAGAAGGGGCAUAUGCAGUUGGAUAUGACUUGAAGAUUGAACCUGACCAAGGAGAUGGUGACGAUACUGCCUUGAAUGGUAUAAAACUCAUUUGCGAGUAUCCAGACGGAGGAUACGGAGGGACUCCAACUUCAGCCGUAGGACCAUGGGGUGAUUGGGAAGGCUAUAGUACCUGUGGAUCAAACCGCGUUCUUACCGCAUUCUCACUUCAAGCUGAAAAACAGGGAAGUUCAAAUUAUGAUGACACUUCGGCAAACUUUGUAGAAUUCAAGUGUCGCGAUUUAGGUGGCCGUAUCAGAGAAGACCAGUUUGUACUAUCAUCUGGGCGUCGUGCUUGGGAAGAGCAUGGCAAGUGGAGUGAUAGUUGCCCUCGCGGUCAAGCUAUUUGCGGUCUGAAGACAAAGGUUAAAGCUGGCUGUGGGUCACUCUGUGACGACACCGCAUUAAAUGAUGUCACGUUUUAUUGCUGCAACUGGUAAAACUCGAAAAUGGACAUGAAAUCAAAUUUGCUGUAAAUAAUUUAAAUAGAUUCUUUUGAAAAAAACAAACGCUUUGCUGAGCUUUCGACAUAUCAGCUGAGCCACUGAUUGUAUACCUAAAAUUGCCUGAGGGCCCGGGAAACCAGAGGAAACCUGCUCAUUUUAGAAUCGGUACCGAAUGUUUGAUUUACCAUUUUAUUGCUCAAAAGUAGGUUUAACGAAAUAUUAAUAGUUGUUAUUUUGUAUAUCUAUUGACGUCAUUUCCGUCUAGACGACGUCUGCGUGAGUUAAUAACGUUGGUAAUUGAAUAUCACAUAUACAGUUCUUUUUAUAUUGAAUUGCUUUAAAACGACGUUUCCUCGUAAACUGUUUUGCGUAAUACACACAUAGUUUGUAGGAUCUACUUACAUUGUAAGAAUAAACUUUGUGCUAUUACAUCAA